AUGAAGCUCACCUUUAGGGAUCUUAAGCAGCAGAAGUUUGUGAUAGAAGCUGAGCCCUCCGAGAAGAUCUUGGAUGUUAAGGGGAAGAUAGCUAUGGAGAAAGGGUGGCCUCCAUCGCAGCAGAAGUUAAUAUAUUCUGGCAAGAUUCUACAAGAUGCCAACACUGUCGAGUCAUAUAACAUCGAGGAGAAGGGCUUCAUAGUGUGUAUGGUGUCAAAGCCAAAGGCACCCUCAGCUUCAGCGGCCUCCUCCUCCCAGACACCCGCUAUUCCUCCAUCUGCCCCAACCCCUGCUACUCCCUCAGCCCCUACCCGGGCAAAUGUUACCGCUUCAGAGACCCCGGCCACUCCCUCGCCUGCUGGAGGUGCCGGUUCCGGUGCAACCUUCAAUGAUCCUUCUGCUCUUUUGAUGGGGAACCAGGGACAAGAAGCGAUUGCCCAGAUGGAGGCUAUGGGUUUCUCAAGAAGCAACAUCGACCGUGCCAUGAGAGCUGCUUACUUCAACCCUGACCGUGCCAUCGAAUAUCUUUUGAACGGUAUUCCUGAUGAACCCGAGCGUCCAGCAGCUAAUGCACCAGCCGCCUCUAGGGCUGCCCAACCUCCCGCCGCCGGUGGUGCCUCCGAAUCCCAGGUCCAGGAAUCCUUAAAUCUUUUCGAACAAGCUGCUGCGCAAGCUAGCGGAGGUGGCGCUGGUCGUGGCCGUGGUGCUGGUGCCGGAGCGGGUGCCGGAGCUGGUGCGGGCGAGGGUGCUGGCAGCUUGGGCAGCUUGGAGUUCUUGCGCAACAACCCACAUUUCCAGCAGCUUCGUCAGCUUGUCCAGCAGCAGCCACAGAUGCUUGAGCCUAUCCUUCAGCAGGUUGGCGCCGGAAACCCUCAACUCGCCCAAUUGAUCGGUCAGAACCAAGAACAAUUUCUACAGUUGCUUAGCGAGGAUAUCGAUGACGAAACACAGCUUCCGCCUGGUGCUCAGUCUAUCAGUGUGACAGAGGAGGAGAGAGAUGCGAUCGAGAGACUCUGCCGACUAGGCUUCUCUCGCGACUCCGUCAUCCAAGCCUACUUUGCAUGUGACAAGAAUGAGGAACUUGCGGCCAACUUCCUAUUCGACCAGCCCGACGAAGGCGAAGACCAGCAAUAG